AUGGAUUACUGGGAUCCGUCGUUAGAUUUCUGGUAUAGUCAUACCACACACCAAUACCCGAGACCUCCCUUCCAUCACAGAAGCUAUCUCCACCCUGCCUCUGAUCGAUGGAGUCAGCGCACACCCAUCCGAGAAGAGUUCUUUGGAAAUGGGCAUUUUCCCGCGUUGUAUCGCGAUCCGUGGGAUGAUGAGCUUCCCACCUGGGCCACACAUGAGUGUUGGGGCGAACGAUAUCCCCAGCACCUAAAUGCCGAACGUCAUCAUGACCAGGAAGAUAGGGCGCACGAUAGAGAUUACGGCCUAUACGAUACGUCAACCUUGUUCUCGGUUAGUGAGUCGAUGGGCGAGGCAGAGAGAAAUAAUCGCAGCGACCCGUAUUUAGCAGAUAACGAGAAGGCGAGUUCGAGUAGUGAGGUGCCAUCGAAGGAUUCACGAGAGAGUCGUGCACUAGGGGACGGAAUGUGUGCGCCACAGAGCCCCGAAAUUUUCUUUGCCGAGUCCCUCAAAACACUACGUGAGUAUUUGCUGGACUUGAAACAGGAGCGAGAAAAGUUCCGCCAGGAACGGGUGGAGUUGGAGAAACUUCGCGAAACCUUUGAACGCAUUGUAGAAACAUGGUGCGAGAACAGGUUGGGAGUUUGGAGGAUUCAACAAGAGCCGGGUCGUGAUAAUGAACCUAGUCGGUCACCUCAGAAGCAGCAUGAACGGCGACAGACGUGUGAACGCAGCCUUGAAAACACUGCCUUUGAGCGCUACGACAACAAAUGGUUGGAGGUCCAGCUGGCGGAAUUAGGCGAUAUGGACGCCAUCAACAUACCUUGGCCUACCCGAACGCUGAAAAUGGAUGGCCUUUCAGAAAUACCUGCGGAACUUCGAACCUGCUUCCUCCACGGGCGGGUGAAUGCACCUGAUGACUCGCUCUUACGACAAUGGAAUGCAUUCACGUUCUUCCUGGCGGCGUUUGACCUUAAACCUGGUGACCCGCAACACUAUUGCGGCAAAGGCGCCAUGCGCACCGACGAUCAGUGUCAUUUGAAUUUCAACAUACAGGUGCGAGGGAGAUACAAUCUCGCCAAAGUGCAAAAGCUAAAAGCAAAAUUGCUGGAGGAGAAACGGAGAUGGCAUCCGGAUGGGCAAAGGAGAAAAUGGCGAUUGCGCCAGGGGUCAAACGAGGUUGAGGAGGAAUGUGCAAAGGCGGUGUUCAAUGCUGUAGUCAACGCUUCUACUGUCUGUGGACGGUUGUUGAGCCGUGCUUCCGACUUUCGAGGCUCGUAG